AUGGGGAACAAGUUCUUCCGUCCAAAGCUGAGCCACGAGAGGCUUGGGCUGGUCCUCCACAUCCUCCGCUUCGCUGACGCUCCGUCGCUGUGCUGGGCCGGGGGCGUGAACACCACCUGGCGCGACUGCGCCUGCGACGACGCCCUCUGGAGCUCCAUCCUCCUCGACCUGGUCAGGCAGGACCCGCACGACAACGAAGCACGAGGCUCGGCGGAAGGCGGUGGUGGCGAGGAGGCCGAGCUGCAGGCGGGCCUGGCCAUCACCAAGAGCUGCAAGGCGCUGGUCAAGGAGGUCACGGUCCUUCGCAAGCGCGCCAGCGCCGAAGCUGGCAAGUACCCAGAGCGGGCGUGUCUGCCGCAACCCGGUGUGCGGUCGAUGCUGAGCAAGUUCAGGGUGGGAAAGCUGCUCAUCGAAGGGAGGCGCAGCCUCAGCGUUAUCAUGGCCGGCUUGGACGCUGCAGGCAAGACGACCAUGCUCUACGCUCUGGAGACGGAGCCGAAGCCGACCAUGCCCUGCAUCGGAUUCAAUGUCGAGCACGCCGCCAAGGGCAAGCUGUCGCUUACCUGCUGGGACGUGGGCGGCCCAGACAAGAUUCGCCCACUCUGGCGCCACUACUUUCAGGGGAUUGACGCCAUCAUCUGGGUUGUUGACCUCAACGACCGAGAACGAAUGAGCGAGACUGCCCACGAACUCUUCAAGUUUAUGAGCGAGGACCAACUCAGGGGCCUGCCACUGCUGCUCUACGGCAACAAGAUCGACCUGCCUCGCGCUCUCUCCAUUGCCGAGGCCACAGAACAGAUGGACUUGCAUCAGAUCAGAGGGCGCAAGUGGCACUUCCAGCCAUGCUGCGCCAUCACCCAAGUGGGACUCUAUGAGGGUCUCAGCUGGCUCGCCUCCACUUGA